AUGGCGGCCGCGCUGCUGGCGCCGCACGCGGCGCCGCGGCCGAUCGCGCCGUGGCGCCGCCGCGCGAGCGCGAGGAGGCGUCGCGUCGCCGCGCCGGCGCAUUCUCCGUCCGAGACGACGCCAACGUCAUCAUCGAUCUCAUCGUCCAUCUCGAGACGACGCGUCCGCGCGCGUCCGUCCCUCGACGACGUUAACGACGACCGCGCGGGAACGACGAUGGGUCUCCUCGCGCCGACGCCGACGCCCGGCGCGCUCGGCGGCGCGUCCAGAAGGUCCCUCCCUCGACGCGAUAGGAUCCUGUCGCCGCCGACCGCGCUCGGCCGACGCGCGCGUCCCGUCUUCGGAGGCGGCAGGAGAUCCUCCAGCGUGUUCGAGCUCCAGGGCUCGUCGCCGUUCGUGGAAGACGCGGACGAGGACGGCGCGCUGUCGUGCGACCUGAGCGAUCGCGACCGCGUCGAUCGCGGGCUCGGGCUGAGACGAGCGCUGUCGGACGAGACGCAGUCGCGGCCGUUCCAGCCCCUCGGCGGCGAGGUGCUGCACAUCGGUUGGAUGCGCACGGAAUCGCAAGACACCAAGGUGAGCCGAAGCGAGGCGGAGCACGACCGCGAGUGCAUGGAAGCGCUGCUCGCGCACUACACCGUGGAGCCGGACAAGCAGCAGACGAUCCUGGACCGCGUCGAGCGCGGGUGGUCGGACGUGACCUUGCGCCUGGGUCAGGGGUACUACUGCCGGCUGCAGCGAUUCUCGGAGUUCGACACGCUCACGCUGAGCGGGCCGGGCAAUCCGGACGAAGCCGUGGACGCGCCGUGCCGCCCGUGGCAGUGGCUCCUGCCCCCCGGGUGGCUCGCGAAAGUCCCGGGCCGCGUGUUCCUGUGCUGCCACGUCCUCGCGCGGCACGCCGAGCCGUUCGUGGACGAGAGCGACGUGUGGACGGAGCUCGACCAGGUCACGCGGUCGGUGAAGUGGGAGGACCGGGUCACCGCGGCGGAGCUCGCGGAGGCGACGAUGAAGGAGACGGAAAAGUCGCUCGCGAGGGAGGAACUGCUCGUCUCGAUCGCGGAGCUGGAGGAUAACAUCGUCGCGGGGGAGCUGAACGACAGCAUCGACGAGAGCGUGGACGAGGACGACGUUUUGAAUCGCGUUGAAUCGGGGGCGCGCGAGAACGCGAACGGUCACUCUUCGCCGGCGAUGACGGCGGAGGACUGCGCGGAUCCGAUGGGCGCGCGCGCGGCGGAGGACGCUCGGCUCGCGGUGAUGGGCGCCGGCGGCGUCGUGACGCACGCGACGAACAGCGCGGUCGUCAGCGCGGUGCAGGAGGAGUGCCACGACGUGGUGUUGAACGCCGACGGCGUGAACGACGGUCGCGCGGCGGCGGCGGCGGCGGCGGCGACGACGAAGGAGGUCUGGGGGGGAAAUUCCGUCGUCGCGCGGAUACGCGAGGGGGGGGACGGGACGGAGAAGAAGAAGGAGAAGAGCGACAAGAAGAGCAAGGCGAAGAAGGCUCCGUCCGCGGCGUUCGGCACGGAGGAGUGGCAGAAGCAGCAGAAGAGCAAGCGACGCAGAGAGGAAAAGACCAUCAAGGAGAGUGAAAACGGCGACUCGCAAAAGAAAAACGAACGCCCCGCGUCGAGGCUACCGGAGUGGCGGACGUGGAGCACGCAGAUGGAGCACUCGCGGAUCGUCGCGAUGUCCGCGGGCUCGGACACGCGGUUUUACGCCAACUACCACAUCGACCAGGAGGGCGGGAUGCAGUGUCUGCUGUUGACGCCGAGAAAAGCCUCCGUCGUGCAAGCCGCGUUUCAGCUCCAACGAUUUCUCACCAUCGAGCAGUACCGGCUGCUGAUCUUGGCGCGGCUGCCCGCGGCGAAGGCGAGGUACCCGACGCUGUCUAAGCUGAACGACCAGUACACGUCCGUCUCGAGGCAGCUCACGCGGAUGAACCAGGGCGCGAAGAAGGGUAACUUCAUCGAGAGGAUGAAGCACAGGUUGGAGCGCGCCAAGCGGCAGCAGGCGUUGUUCGAGACCAUCUCCGAUCUCGAGCAGGCGACGGCGAGGGAGCUCGCGCGCGCGAAGAGCGAGGCCGCGCUCGUGGAGGCGUACGUGGACAUCAUCAACACGCGGUUCGAAGAGGCGGAGUACAGCCCCGUGGGCGGGGAGGUCCGGUUCCUUCCGCCGUUCGUGCGGAAGCGAUUAGAUCCCGCGGUGAGCACGAUUCAGAGCGUCGCGGAGCGCGCGGCGAUUCUCUCGAACGCGCUGCAACGCACCACGGGACUCUUACAGGCUGGCGUGGAGGUCCGAAUGCAGCGAAACUACGAGACGAUGUCGUUGUACGCGCUGAUGUUCACGAUCGUGGGGGUGAUCAUCACCGCGGUGACCGCGUGCAUCGAGGGGGGGGCGCUGCGCCCCGCGUUUCUGGCGUUUUGCCGAUGGACCGGCGACGUCCUCGCCAAGGCUGGCGCCGCGUUCUCUGGAAUAGGAGUCGCGUGAAGUAAAGCGCUAAUGCGUGUUAAAGAAAAAAUCUAAGCGUACUACGCACGCACACGUCGGACCUACUACGCUACAGGAACUGCUCCGCUUCCUGGUCCUUCACCCGCGUGGACUUCUUAUCCCCGAACACCCGCCUCGACCACAUCUUCUCCAAAUUCGUCUGGUCGCGCAGGCGCUUGUACCUCGCCAGCUUGGCGAGCGCGCGCGUCGUCAUCGACCGCAUCUCCGGCCGCAGAGACCCCCACUCCGCCUUCCCCAACGCGUGGAAGCGCACCUGCCGUCGCACCGAGCGCGCCGCCCACGCCGCCCUGAGCCGCGCGAACGCUUUCGGGGCGAGCCACGCGCCGAAGCAGACGAAUAAACACGCGAAGAAAAACGCGACGGAGUUUAUCCCGUAACGCUCGAAGAUGUCCUGAAACGCCGUCUCCUCCGCCGGCUCGACGUCCUUCAGCACGACGUCGCCGACGAUCGACACGGUAACGCCCGGCCCCAGCGACGUCAGCGUGAACGGGAAGAAGCUCGACGGAUCGGCCAGCAGCGCGGCGACUUUGCUCGACGCCUUCGCCUUCGCGGCGGUGACGUUGGCGUCGACUUCGGAAUCCGCGACGUAAAUUCCCGUCGGCGUCUCGUACGUGGCCACGACGACCACCUCGAGUUGCGCGGCGGCGACGCAGUUCGCGACGUUCUGACACGCCUUGCCGUCGACCAGGAGCUGCUCCGCGAGCAGCGCUCUUCUUCGCCGAGAUCGAGACCGCCGUCGCCCCUCGUACACCGCGCU